GGAUACAAGUUAUAUAUCUCAGCCGCAUCCCGACAUCAUGGCUCGAGUCUGUCCAGUGUCUCAAGCUUCAAAGCCCAUACCUCUGUCCAACAAAGUCCCCUAAACACCAUCCACAAUGGCGGGAGAAACAGCCCCGGCUCUGAACCAAGGAGUCGGCUAUGGCAUCGUCAUUGGGCUGGGAGCAUUGUUUGCUCUUGGUAUGAUCCUCGUCACCUUCAUCCUCAAACGCUACAACCGCGAGCUCCAAACAUCAGAAAUGUUCAACACCGCCGGCCGCACCGUCAAGUCCGGUCUCGUUGGUUCCGCCGUCGUCUCCUCGUGGACCUGGGCCGCCACCCUCCUCCAGUCCUCCGGUGUCUGCUACCGAUAUGGCGUCUCCGGUCCUCUGUGGUACGCUUCCGGUGCCACCGUACAAAUCCUCCUCUUCGCGACCCUCGCCAUCGAACUCAAACGCCGUGCUCCCAACGCGCAUACCUACCUCGAAGUCAUCCGCGCCCGCUUCGGCACUCUGCCACAUAUGGUCUUCAUGAUCUUCGGCUUGAUGACCAACAUCUUGGUUUCCCUGAUGUUGAUCGUCGGUGGAAGCGCCACCAUCAACGCCUUGACGGGGAUGCACACCAUCGCAGCCAUCUACCUCCUUCCCGUCGGCGUGGUAGCCUACACCUUGGUCGGCGGUCUCAAGGCCACUAUCUUAACUGACUGGAUCCACACCUUCGUCCUCUUGAUCAUCAUCAUCGUAUUUUCCCUCACCGCUUACGCCUCCUCCGACGUCCUCGGCUCGCCCAGCGCCGUCUACGACCUCCUCGUCAAAGCAGCCGCCGCCCACCCCGUCGAAGGCAACCACGAAGGCUCCUACCUCACCAUGCGCUCCCGCGAAGGCGCCAUCUUCUUCGUCAUCAACAUCGUCGGCAACUUCGGCACCGUCUUCCUCGACAACGGGUACUACAACAAGGCCAUUGCCGCAUCACCCGUGCAUGCUUUGCCGGGUUACAUCCUCGGUGGGCUGUGCUGGUUCGCUAUCCCGUGGCUUACCGCUACCACUAUGGGCUUGUCCGGUCUAGCUCUCGAAAAUCACCCCAGUUUCCCUACCUACCCAAACCGUAUGUCAGAUGCAGACGUCUCAGCUGGUCUGGUCCUUCCCUACGCGGCGGUGGCUUUGCUAGGAAAGGGCGGAGCGGCUGCUACGCUUCUGAUCGUCUUCAUGGCUGUCACGUCCGCUACUUCCUCGCAGCUCGUUGCCGUCUCUUCCAUCGUCGUCUAUGAUCUCUACAGGACGUACAUCAAGCCCGAAGCCUCCGGCAAGCGGCUGAUUUACAUGAGCCACGUUGCUGUCUGCGCUUAUGCCCUAUUCAUCGCUAGCUUUUCUGUCGGACUCUGGUACGCCGGUAUCAGCAUGGGAUAUCUGUACGUGAUGAUGGGCGUCAUUAUCAGCAGUGCAGUCCUGCCCGCCGCAUUGGCAUUAACCUGGUCCGGUCUGAACAAAUGGGCUGCUGCCCUCUCCCCCGUCUUGGGACUCUGCGUGGCGCUGGUGGCAUGGUUGGUCACGGCCAAGCAUGAGUGUGGUGAGAUGAGCGUUGAGUGCACGGGAAGUAACAUGCCGAUGUUGGCGGGCAAUGUGGCUGCUUUGUUGAGUCCGGUUGUUUUCAUCCCCGUGUUGACUUUGAUCUUCGGCAAGGCGAAUUAUGACUGGAAGAGCAUGAUGGCUAUUAGCAGAGGCGAUGAUCACGAUGUUGCGGGCGAGGCGGGCGUGGAUUUGGAGGAGGUUCUGGGGGGUAGAGAGGAAAGUGAGAGAGAGAUGGAGGAGGAGCAGAAGAAGUUGAGGAGGGCGAGUAAGAUUUCGAAGAGUAUGACUGCUGUUUUGACCCUCGCCCUCCUAAUCCUCUGGCCCAUGCCCCUCUACGGCACCGGCUACAUCUUCUCCAAGCCCUUCUUCACCGGCUGGGUCGUCGUCGGCAUCAUCUGGAUCUUCUGCUCCUUCAUCGGCGUCGGUCUGUUCCCCGUCUACGAGGGACGGGAGACGCUGAUCAGGACGUGCAAGUACAUCUGGUGGGAUAUUACGGGCAAGAAGGGCGUCAAGGCAAUUCAUGCUGAGCAGGCGGCGCAUGCUGGGGAGGUGGUGGUUACCGAGGGGAUGACGCCGGGGGAUCAGACGCCGACGGAGGAGAAGAGCUUGAAGGAGAAGGGGGAGAAGGUUGCUUCUUCGUGAGAGGUUGACUCUGAGAGGAGAGAGGAGAGAAGGGUGUCGGGUGGUACAGUAGUGGAAUGUGAAGGAUACAAGGAGUGAUGCGGUUAUGAGU